UUAUUAUCAUUAAAUUUUUUACUUCUGCAACUAGUCUCUCCUAGAUGGGAUGUCCAAGAAUAAACCAAAAUCAGAUUCCUUUUCAACAGUCUCUCUCUUCUUGAAUAUGGUUGUUUAUGUACUUCUCUGCAGCUGCUACUGGUGCCCUGUUUUUUGCUCUGAUUAACAUCUAUAAAAGGGGACCUUUUCCCUUGAAGCGCUUCUCUUUCAAUAUAUACCCACUGACACCGUUACAUACAGUCUUCGUGAGAGAGAAUCAAGAAAGAGAAGCAAAAAUGUAUGCAGAAACUGGGCUAAUGUUACCUUAUCUACCUCAAGAAAUUCAGCAGUUUGAUGAUUUCUAUUCCUCCCAGAAACCCAAUGGUUCAUUGGGCAACCUCAUUCAGACAUCCACUAUAUCGGAUUACAACCUUGGGGGAGAAGGGGAUCUCUUCAAGGCCCCUGAACCAGUAAUCGAAGAACUGAUGAUGGGCCUCGAUCCAAUAUCAGCUGCCAUUUCAAUGAUUUCGUGCGGAGAAGAUGUCAUCUUCCCACAAGCAAUGUCGGUAUCGGAUAUUGAAUCAUCAAUCAAGAACGGGCAACUCCUCAGUGAGGUUUUCUAUGAAUGCAAGAAGGAUCUUUUGGAAAAGGAAGCAUAUGAAAUGCCACUCUCUGAACUCCUGGAUAUCAAAAUCCCUAUUUUAAAGGCAGAUGAAAAGUUGAUUUCUGAGGGUCAAUUCCAGAAAAGUGUUAGUUCUAGCUGUCUAAAGUCAAUGGAAAUGCACCGGGCUCCACUUAGGCAAAAUUUUGUUGAUUUUCCGGGUAUGGACUUUGGGGCUGUUUAUGGAAUGCGAAGAGCAUUCAGUGAAGGAGACAUAGAGACUCUUGGCAAUGGCAAUACAAGCGUCGUGGGGCAACCAAAAAUUAUUAGCAGUUGCCCUUCUGAAGAUCGCAAGGAAAAGCUCUCGAGAUACAGGAGCAAGAAGUCAAAGAGGAAUUUUGGAAGAAAAAUCAAGUAUGCUUGCAGAAAGGCUCUGGCCGAUAGCCAGCCAAGAGUCCGUGGAAGAUUUGCAAAGACGGAAUAAGUAGAUGGUUGCAAGAAGAUACAACUCUUUUCAAGUAAGAUAGAUAGUGGAUCCAAUGAUAUAAAGAAAUAGAUCAACGGUGGUUAUACUAGCUCGUUUAAUGUUAAUGAAACGACUAGGCUUGUGGGUCGACUCAAUAAUCUGGACCUUAAUGCUUGGAAGCUAGUUGUUUUCUUCUUAGUUUGAAGUAAUCUCCUUGUAGAUAAAAGUGUACAAAUGAAGUUUAUGUAUUCUUGCCUAAUAAAGAUAUAUGAGUAAUUUUCAUAUCAAUUUUAUGAA